UAUCCAUUCAUUUGUGUCGUGUUUUUAUUGAAGACUUUUACUGAAGACAUCUCCGCCAUCAUCUCAUCCGCCACUUCAUCCACACCUCCAUUAUGGCCGACACUAACGCUAACGUGGAUUGUGUCACACGUUUUGGUCACUGCGACGGACACACGGACUGCACGUUCAUCGACGGCAACAAGCUGAUGACGUGUGGCGUGGACUCGGAGGUCAGGGUUUGGCCCGUAGAUGACACGGACGCCGACGACGACCAGUCGGACUCGUAUGCCGUCGAAGACAUCGCGUACGCCAUUGUGGCGAAUCUAAUCCAAUGCCAUGUCUUCGGCACGCAGUCCACAGAGUUCUUCAUCGCCUGUGACUCUAAUGCCGUGAAAUCCUAUUCAGUGAGCGAUGGAGAGAACGAGAGGACUGUCUGUCGGUUCACCACAAAUGCCACUCAUCUGGACAUCAGUUCCGACGGACAGCUGUUGGCGGCGUCGGCGGCUGAUUUUACGCUUAAACUCAUUGAUCUCGAGAAUAAGGACCAAAAGACUUUCGACGGACACUCAGCGCCGGUACUCAGUGUGGCGUUGGAUCCCAAGCGCCAGUACUUGGCGUCGGCCGCAUGUGACGGAACCGUUCGCGUCUGGAAUACAGAUAAUCAGAAUUGUGUCCACUUUUGGUCCGACUGUUGGCCCAAAAGCAAUGACUUCGAGAACUCCAAGACGUUGGGCCGCAUCUGUUGGGAGCCAAUCAGCGGCCAGUGGAUAGCCGUUCCCCGAAUGGAUCGCAUCGAUGUCUACCGUCGAGACACGUGGGAUCUGAUGUCCACUUUCAGACACGACAGACUCACGCAGAUAUCGAUUGUCACGUAUUCGGCGGACGGGAACUACUUGGCUGUCGGUACCGGCGAUGGCGUUGUCAUGAUAUGGGACUCUAAGGGCGCCGCCGACGCGGAACCGAUCGCGAAGUUCUUUCACAACAAGUCUUUGCGGAUAACAUCACUGAAAUGGAACCCAAAGUCUGCCAAACAGUUGUGUUUUUGUGAUAUCAGCGGACAGUUCAGUGUCUUAAACGUCCAGAAUUUGGUGGCGAAGUCUGCAGACAAUCGGUUGGCUCUGAGUCAGGAAGUGGUGAACGACAUGUUCGCCGAUCUGUCGGACGACGACUUCGGCGCCGAUGAGGACCUGACGGACGGCGCGAACCUCAAGACAAGGACCGUAAGCCUGGAUCUGCCGAAAGUUGAAUACAAUCCCAAAUUCAAGCAAACCAUUGAAGACCGGAGGGAACGGGCGGUCGAUGACACCGGUGCCGCAGAUGAGGACAAUAUGAACGCCGAGGAGGACAACGAGUUCGACAUCGGAGCCAUUAAAUCGCGAUACGAGUCCCAGAUAUUCGGUGAAACGGGUGAUCCACACGGGUCUCAGAGUCGGGCUGAGGGUCGACCCCAUUCUCGACAAAGCGGUGGUCAGCCAGUGGUGGACGUGAAGGACGACGACACCGCCGCCGAUGAGGAACCGCCGGAACCGUUGCCCAUCAGACAAGAGCCGUUCCAAUCGGGCUCAACGCCCAUACACUUCGAGCAGAGGUUUAUGGUGUGGAAUUCGGUGGGAAUCGUCCGGUGCUAUAACACCGACGCCGACAACUCGGUGGACGUGGAGUUUCACGACCAGACGUACCACCACUCCAUCCAUUUGCCGAACGUCCAGAACUACACCGUCGCUGACCUGUCAUCGGAGGCACUGGUGUUGGCCACGAAUGGCACCGACGAGUCGGCCACUUGUGGUAAACUCUUUUGCAUGCUUUUCAACAUAUGGGACGCCACUAAGGAAUGGCAGAUCGAGAUGAACGCCGGCGAGUACAUCGAAUCGGUGGCUACCGGUGCCGGCUUCGUAGCCGUGGCCACCGACCGGCGCUUUGUGCGCAUUCUGACCACCGGUGGUAUUCAGACAAACAUCAUAUCCAUCGCUGGACGGGUGGUCUGUAUGGCGGCGUUCGAGCGCUUACUGAUGAUUAUAUACCACUCGGCGGGAGGUGUGCCCGAAGAGCAGAGUCUGGCGAUGUAUGUGUUGAGGAUAGAGCACAAGCCUAUUGCCAAACACCCGGUGCCCAAUCCAGUGCCCGUAGCGCUGAGUCCCAAGUGUGAGGUCUCGUGGGCCGGCUUUACCGACGAGGGGACGCCAUGUGUGGCCGAUUUGGACGGUAUUAUCCGUAUUUACAACACCGGUGUCGGCAAUACGUGGGUUCCGAUCGCAUCCACUAAAGACCACGCAAAGGGAAAGUCCGACAACUUUUUCGUGAUUGGUUUGAGUGAAAUCCAGAACCAGAUUCGCUGCAUAUUCUGUAAGGGCACCCGAUUUCCGGCUACCGUUCCCAAGCCGUCGGUCACUCUAUUGCCACUUCAGAUGCCGUUGUGUGAGAUGUUUACCUCCAAAGGCAAACAUGAAGAGGAACACAUCCGAAGCCAACUGUUGUCAUCGCUUCUCAAGCGGUUAUCCAAAGACGGCUUUGACGUGGACUCGAAUCUCGAGGAAUGUAACAAAACUGCCAUCAAUUCACUCAUCAAACUGUUUGCCAUGGCAUUGGGAGCGGACAGGGAAUCGCUAGCCGUGGAGAUCAGUCACCUGAUGCCCAACAAGAGGGCAGUGGAGGGCGCCAUCAAAUUCGCCGAACGCCAGAAGCGCCGCACUUUGGCUCAAAAGUUGGCCGAAAUUGCGGAACAAAAACUCGCCGAAGAGUUGAACCAAUUGUCGGACGAAGACGUGGAAGUGAUCGACGAGACGAGCGAAAUGCCGUCCAAACUGCGGAUCCGCUCCAUCGAAGACCGGCAAACGGCUAAUGAGUUUCAAUUGAAGCCCAAACCCAUGCGGAAGGGGUCGGCCGUCGCGGAGGAACAGGAGUCGGAGAGCGAUAGCGAAUCCAUUGUCAACACGAAUGCCAUCGAAACCGCUGAAGACAUCUAUAGCGACGACAACUCCAACUCGAAUAGCGUUUCGCUGAAACCGAAAGCCGUUUCCAUUACUAGAGAGCAGUCGCGGGGAAAUCCGUUUAAAGUGACACAAAACACGCGAAAUAAACGCAAAAAAGGCGGCGAAUCGAGCGAUGAGGACGACGGCGAUGGGGACGACACGUGCGACGGACAGGCCUUCAGAAACUAUUACAAACACAUGAAACAAAUCAUUAGAGACGACAACUCGGACGUCGAGGACGAGGAGGAAGUCAUUACCAUCGCUAAGGACCGGUUCCGCGAACUCGACCGCACGGAACGGCAGGGCUGGGCCUCGGGGGGCGGCCCCAGAGCUCAACCCAAAAAGCAACGCAAAGGGAAAGCCGACAAAACGGACCCCAAAACCAUCACAAACAAGGAGAACGCGAGCAACAAAAAAAUCACAAACUUUUUCACCAAAAAUUAA